GCACGACACUGAUUGUUAUCGUUCGUUAUUUUUUUUUUUUUCUUGACUUGAUUUUAUCGCUCAAACAAACAAAGGAGUUAAAGUAUUAAGCCUUCUAGGAACCGUUUUACCUAAUUCGGUUUUCUUAAGUUUGACUGUCUUUUCACGCACUAAUUCACACGACAUUUUCAUCGUGUUAGCAAAACAGUCGCACGCAAGGCAGGGGUCUUGUUCUGUCUUAUGCUAUCCUUUGUCUGUUUGCAGCCGCUUGUUUUAGAGACGAGACGAUGCCCUUCCAAGGACUAGGCUUAAUGCAUUCACACUAGGUUGGGAAGGGGACUUUAAUAAUUCAUAUUCAAUCUAUCAAGGCUUGCGUAAAUAUUGUUGUUUCUUAAACUUUUUACGGAAUAGUUUCGGAUACUUUUCGGAUAUUUUUCGCAAAUGUCCUCCUGUCCCCUUUUAUUUGACGAAAUAUGAAAACGUUUUUAGUUAUGUUAUUGUUUUUUCCAUUUGAAUGAGCUGCCACAAGAUAUUGUUUUAAAUUAGAUUAUUGCUAUUAUAAAUUGCGCAAGUGUGUCAAGUCACUGAAUGUCUUAAUUAGCGUUAUUCGCUUUUCGCCGUUUCGGCAUGCUCACCAGAGUUUUAAAGCGAAAAAACCUCUUCAAAAAGUGGUGUAAGUAAGGGAUAGUUUUGAAAAAUGGCACGACUGCUUAUCACCUCUUAUGUGUUACUUCAUCUCCUUUCAAAGGGCACAGUUUCAGCAUUUGAAUGCCGUGCGCUAGUCAAUUAUGACUGCACGUCUGACAAGUCACUGAAUACUAGCCGGAAAAUCCUUAAAAAAGCCAUCUUAGUUCAAGACGAUGAACAGUGCAUGAAAGAAUGCUUUUACGAGCCGGCCUGCGUAUCCUACAACAUUGGUCAAACAAACGCCGCCAUUGCGGUGCCGUGCGAGUUGAGUGCCGCUGAUCACGUGAGAGAGCCGGAUAAAUUAGUGACCAGGCCUGGGUACAACUACUGUAGCUUUAUGAACCCGUGCGAGUCAAAUCCCUGCCCUAACGACACCAGCUGUCAACCUGACUUUAAUUCCAAGCAUACGUUCUCUUGUAUCAGAGGUUGUGGCAACUAUCCCCACCCUCUUGGGAUGGAGGAUGGCACAUUGCCGGACGAAAACAUCACGGCUUCGUCUGAAAAGGAUAGAUUUCGCCUCGCCUCUUUCGCCCGUCUUCAUAACCAAAAAACAGGCAGCGGCAUCGGAGCCUGGGCUCCAGCGGUUUCCAGCACUGGAGAGUACCUCCAAGUGGACUUGGGCCGAGUCAUGUGGGUCACGCACGUAGCAACACAGGGACGACCUCCUCCUGAUUACCCUAAGUAUGUCAAGCAAUACCGAGUGAAGUACAGUCUUGUAGGCAGCGGAUGGAAAGACUUUAUGCAGGGUUCUUCAUACAAGAUCUUUAAUGGGAACACAGAUCAAGAUAGCGUGGUGACCAACGCCUUUGUUCCAGUUCUGAGAGCGCGCUAUGUGCGGAUUGUAGUGUUGGCUUGGUAUGACUUCAUCAACCUUAGAGCAGAGCUCUACGGCUGUAUGAUAUGAUGUCUAUUAUAGUUAUCAAGAUCUUGCUAUGUCUGCAUGAAUACCACUGCGUUGGUUUCCCUGGCGGCUGAGCUGUGCGGUUCUACGGUAUAAAGGCUUACUCUGUUGUAAGGACGGCUGCGCGGGAGACUAAUUUAGAAGGCAAGCCACAAUUUACACAAACUCGAAGGCGCGCUAUAAAAGAGAUGCGCCAAGGGAAAGUCGCCAUUCUCGAAAGAGCUCGUCAAGAAGAGAGCUCCGUAAAUGUUGAAAAUGGGGAGCCACAGAUCUCUAUGGUGAGAAGAAUGUUUUGCACAAAGCUUGUUAGCUCUUGAAGUAGCGUACGUAAGCGUAUCAAAAUGCGUAAAAUGUGUUAAAUUUAGAACAGGGGAAGGCGUACUGCUUUGAAAGAAAGCGGGUAGUUUCGGUUUUUCGCAAAACGCCGUUGUGGUUAAUUUUCUAUGGUGAGAAGAAUGUUUUGCACAAAGCUUGUUAGCUCUUGAAGUAGCGUACGUAAGCGUAUCAAAAUGCGUAAAAUGUGUUAAAUUUAGAACAGGGGAAGGCGUACUGCUUUGAAAGAAAGCGGGUAGUUUCGAUUUUUCGCAAAACGCCGUUGUGGUUAAUUUGCCCCCCCCCCCCCAAAAAAAAAAAAAUAUUCACAACAACAAUAACAACCGUGUCAUGCAUGCGCAAUUGAGGAAAAGUCAAGGUCUUGCAGUUAAAAAGACAACUAGACGUCCAAGUUGACGAGAUCAAGGGCCCUUGAGAAUGCUUGAGACGACAGGACAAGAGCUAUGCUUUCACUUAUAAAUAGACGAGAACGAUGUAUUUGAUUGUGAUAUAUUUUUUUCUCUUCCAUGGUAAUAAAAUACAGAACGAUGUAUGAAACAUAGGUUCAAUCUAGCUGUUGCAUGUACCGUCCGUCUUUACUUUUUUUCGAGGCACCAUCUUAACCUUUUUCGAAAAACUGCCCUCUACUGUAUUAAAACCAGAUAGAGACCCUAAUCAUGAAUUCAGAUAGUAGAGACCUUCAUCUUAAAGCGUCUGUCAUACAUUUCAAUGACUUCAAAACAUUGCCAUUGGUAAUGAUGUGAUUACAAUGAUGACUGAUGAUGAUGAUGAGAAGGAUAACAUACAUAUGGUAUAGGAUCUUUCGCCCAUUUUCUCUCACUGCUGUCAGGAGUCUGUAUAAUGAUUUAACCUACAAGACAACAUGGAAAACUGUUAUUUCUAUUCUUACUGGUAUAUCGAUUAAGUCUUGACUCGGUGUGGCCCCUGAUUCGAAUAACAAAGCACCUUCUGUUAGAAUCUCAGACCUACAGUCUGAUUCCUGCAAGCGGGUAUAUACAAACUUGUGUUUGGGGGACAAAGAAUAGCGUCCAAAACAAAUAUGUUAGAGACUUCCACCUACCGAUAGAGCUGGGCAGUACCACGAUCGUUUCCAAUGGACAAGAAGCCACUGUUUGGUGAAAAGUCAAAGGCAUUGACGUAACGCAAUGGAACCUUACUGUUAGGCCAGUUAGAGAACACAGUCAUUGAAGGGAGGUGGACCUGGGGAAGAGACCAAGGUUAGUGAAAGGAGGUGGACAUGGGGAAGAAGACACAGUCAU